UUUCAAACUAGCACGUGACACUAUUUUAAACGGAAGAACAAAGUGAAAAAAUCGAAACUGAUAGCGAGCGAUUUAUUAGUCUCCAUUCCGCUCGCGUGUUAUUAUUUAUAUUUUCAUAAUCAAAUUUCCAAUUUCUUCUAUUUUCUGCUACUUCUCCCAAUUUUUUUUUGACGGAAGUUAUGUCGGAUGCUUUGAUCUGUGGCAUCGCCGGUGCCGGAGCCGGCAUCGUAGCUCAACUCAUCACCUAUCCUCUUGACACAGUAAAUACUCGGCAGCGAACAGAUAGAAAUUCGAAGAAGAUGAAGAAAACGCUUGGAACUAUUGAACAUAUGUGCCAGGUUGUAAAGCAGGAAGGGUGGGAUAGGCUAUAUGGAGGUUUAGCUCCGUCGCUAGUUGGUACCGCUGCAUCGCAGGGUGUUUAUUAUUAUUUCUACCAAAUAUUGAGGAAUAGAGCAGAGACCGAUGCACUUGUACGUAAGAAGAAUGGAAUUGGUGAUGGAUCAGUCGGGAUGUUCUCAUCACUUCUGGUCGCUGCUUUAUCGGGAUGUGUUAAUGUACUGCUGACCAAUCCGAUAUGGGUAGUUGUUACACGCAUGCAGACUCAUUCAAGAAAGGAUAAAGAUAACCACCCAAAACUUGAAGCAUCACAGGAUGAAAUCUCUGUUGUCGUUGAACCUCCCCCCUACGGGACAAGCCACACAAUUCAAGAAGUUUAUGGUGAAGAUGGAAUUUCAGGUUUCUGGAAUGGUGUUUUCCCAACAUUAUUCAUGGUCAGCAAUCCUUCCAUACAAUUUAUGCUAUAUGAAACCUUGCUGAAGAAGAUUAGAAAACGACGUGCCUCUAGCAACAAAGGUGCCAAUGAUGUCACUGCUUUGGAAAUAUUUCUACUUGGAGCUGUGGCAAAACUUGGAGCUACAGUAGUAACAUAUCCUCUUCUGGUUAUCAAGUCAAGACUCCAGGCAAAGCAGGACGUUGGUGCAGAUAAAAGACAUCAAUAUAAAGGUACACUUGAUGCUCUGAUGAAGAUUAUACGCUAUGAAGGCUUUCAUGGAUUUUACAAGGGGAUGGGCACGAAAAUCGUACAAAGUGUUCUUGCUGCUGCUAUUCUUUUCAUGGUCAAGGAGGAACUUGUGAGGUGUGCAAGAUGGCUGUUAACAGGGAGGAAUGUUGCUGAUGCUAUCAGUUGAAAGCCUCAUUACAAGUCAGAUUUCUUCCAUUUACGUCUUAAGCACAAGAUAUACCUUCAGAAUUAGGAUGGAUCACUCAAAUAUAGUUUUCGUUUGGUAGCGGUUCUUUGGUGUCAAAACCAGCUCGCACCUGACUGUGAUAGCCCUCUCGAUACCUUGUUGGAGCUGUGUAACUAGUGGCGGACUCCUCGAUUAUUCAACAGGAUAUCUGCUACCUUCUCCAGUGCAAAUACCUGGUAGUAAUUGGACACAACUCCCAUUGAAGAACAUUAAUCAUUGCUCCACUAUUUGUUUUUGUGUCUCCACAUAAUGGUAAUAUCUUACUUCUGGACAAAAAGUGAAUUAUUGUUGUAUUUCUUACUAAUUAGUAUAUCAAAAUAGUUUAAAUAACGGGAUUGAGCUUCUUUAUAAAUCAGUUCACUUAGUACAGCGUGAUGUUUGUUAGUCUAUUGGUGAACCUAUUUUUUUA